AUGUCUUCGAGAAGAGGCGGCUAUAGAAGAGGAGGCAAACAAUCUCAAUUUCAUCAUCCCCGCCAGCACGAUCGAAACGACGAACUAUGGACUGUUAAACCCAUUCACGAUGACGCCGGAAUUGCGACUUCAAGUUCCGACCAGAAUGCCAAUCAUCCGACGACAACAGCCCAAUCAGCGGGUGUUGCGGAAUUCGUCCCGAGGAAUCGGAAAUUUCAGCAGAAUAGGAGGAAUUCGAGGAGGGAUAAGCAGAACCGACGACCGGAGGUGGGUUCUGUCAGUUCCAGUGAAAGGAGCUAUGAAGAGGAGAAAAGUAUUGAACAACCUAGCAUCUCAAAUAGUUGUGAUUCGAGGUUAAAUGGAAGUGGGAAAUGUUCCGGAGACGUUGAAUUGAAGAGGGAUGAUGAUAAAUUUGAAAAUGUAGAUGUUAACGAGAAUGACGAGGAAAGGAAGCCUCAAGGAUCUGUUUCCGGUGACGAGGAGGAGGUCGAUGAGGUACAGAGAAGGUUACAAGAAUUUUCGUUGAUUUUUCAGGAGCCUGAGUUGUUGGAAGAGCAGCUAAAGGUCAAUGAUCAAGCGCAGGAGGAUGAGUUACUCGCUAUGGAGGCCAUUUAUGGAGACACCAUGUUCAUCCUUGACAGACAGAAUGGCUUGCGAUGUUUCCAGAUUCACAUUCACGUCGACACACCAAAGGAAGUUUCUGUAUCUGUGAACCUGAGUUCAUCCACUGUCCUUGAGAGAGAAGUUGAUACACCAGAAUUCUCCUAUUCUUUUAAAGUCGAUUAUCUGCCGCCAAUUAUAUUGACCUGUGUAUUACCUCACUCAUAUCCAAGUCACAGCCCCCCUUACUUUACUAUUUCUGUUCUGUGGUUAAAUUCUGCUAAAAUUUCCACUCUUUGUGGUAUACUGGACUCAAUUUGGAAUGAACAAUCAGGGCAAGAAGUUAUAUACCAAUGGGUGGAAUGGUUACGUAGUUCUUGCCUACCUCUUCUUGGUUUUGAUCGAGAAAUAAUACUUGGACCCUGUGGUGGAUUACAUGAAGGAGACAAGCGUGCGAUUUCUAGGAGUGUCUCUGCCGAGGUCGAUAUUCCAUUGAUCAAAAGUUAUAAUGACGAGCAGCGCAGUGAGAACUUCUCUAAAGAUCUCCACGAGUGCUGCAUUUGUUUUAGCGAGUUCCCAGGCACAGAGUUUGCCAGACUGCCUUGCCAGCAUUUCUUCUGCUGGACAUGCAUGAAAACCUAUGCCGAAAUGCAUGUGAAAGAAGGCACUGUUAACAAGCUUCUAUGCCCUACUGCAAAAUGUUGGGGCAUGAUUCCACCUGGUUUACUGAGACGAUUACUUGGUGAUGACGAAUAUGAAAGGUGGGAGUCAAUGUUGUUGCAGAAGACAUUAGAGUCAAUGUCUGAUGUGACUUAUUGCCCAAGGUGUGAAACAAUUUGCAUUGAGGAUGAAGAUGAACAUGCACAAUGCUCGAAAUGUUUCUUUAGCUUUUGUACCCUAUGUAGGGAGCGGCGGCAUGUUGGAGUUGUAUGCAUGACCCCAGAGAUGAGGCUUCAAGUUUUGAUGGAGCGGCAGAAUUCAUCUCAACUUAAACCAGAGCAUAAGCGGCGCGAGAAAGAAAUGAUCAAUGAUAUGUUAAGUAUGAGAGAAAUAAAUACUUUUGCAAAGCAAUGCCCUUCAUGUAAUAUGGCUAUCUCAAGGACGGAAGGUUGUAACAAGAUGGCAUGUGGUAAUUGUGGAAGCUAUUUUUGCUAUCUCUGCAAGAAGCAAAUUGAUGGAUAUGAACAUUUCAGGAAUGGAAGUUGCAAUCUUUUCCCAGCAGAAGAAAUCCAGAGGUGGGAGGAAGUAAAUGCUCGUCAAGUCAUUGGUCAAAUCCAAGCUCAACUGUACGCUGGUAAUGGUCACCCAUGCCCAAAUUGCCGCCAGUUUAAUGUAAAGGCGGGAGAUUUGAAAAUUAAGAACAAUACAAGGUCGGUCUACAUUAGGGACGAAGAAGAAGAAGAAGAAGAAGAAGAAGAGUCCUCUCCACCUCGUGUUUCUUCCCAAAAGAAAAAGAAAAUGGUCGAGGUUCGCAAGAGUGAUAGGGUUAGUAAACCGGCCAAGAAGUAUACUCCCGGCGACGGGGCUAUAAGGAAGAAAAGGUCGUCAAAGGACAUCAUGGCGAAAUAUAUGAUGAUGAUUCGCGAAAAUGAAAUCAUUGGGUAUAGUGAUAGGGGCGGCUGCAGAGCAGAAGGCAAACAUCCUCACGAUCACAGCGAAUUUGGGCCAUCAAGUUCACAGCAGAGUUUCAAUCAUCCCUCAAAAACAGCCCGAGGAAAGGGCUUUGCGGAAUUCAAUCCAAGUAACCGAAAAUUUCGCCAUAAUCGGAGAAAUUCGAGGUCCGAUACUUGGAAUCGACGAUCCCAGGUGGUUAAGGAUCAACCCGUCGAGAUGGGCUCUUUGAGUACUGAUGAAAGAAAUUAUGAAGCCGGGUCUGAUGUGGGCUGUCAGAAUAUUACUCAAUCCAGGUUCAACGAAAGAGGCAAUUUUUCUGGAGACGAGGAAUUGAAGAGGGAUGGUGAUAAUGGUGAGUUUGUAGAAGUAAAGGAGGACGAUGAGGAGGAGGAAAGAAAGUCUCAAGGGCGUGGUUCCAGUAACGAACAGGUCGAUGAUUUAGAGGAAAGGUUACAAGAAUUGUUGUUGAGUUUAGAGGAGCUUGAGUUGCCUGAAGAGCAGCUAAGCAUCAACGAUCAAGCUCAGGAAGAUGAGUUACUAGCUAUGGAGUCCAUUUAUGGAGACAACAUGUUCAUCCUUGACAAACACAAUGGUCUGAAAUCUUUCCAGGAAGUUUCUGUAUGUGUGAACCUGGGUUCAUCCACUGCCCUUGAGGCUGAAGAUGAUUUGCCAGAAUUCUCGUACUCAUUUGAAGUCCAGUAUCUGCCACCAAUUGAGGUUAUAUACCACUGGGUGGAGUGGUUACAUAGCUCUUGCUUUCCUUUUCUUGGUUUUGAUAAUGAAAUUACACUUGGACCUUAUGAUGUAUCGUAUGAAGGGGAUAAGCGUGCCAUUUCUGGAAGCAUCUCUGCAGAGGUCGAUGUUCCAUUAAUCAAAAGCUAUGAUGACGAGCAGCAGUAUAAGAACUUCUCUAAAAAUCUCCACGAGUGCUGCAUUUGUUUUAGCGAGCUUCCUGGCAUGGAAUUUGCUAGAUUGCCAUGCCAGCAUUUCUUCUGCCGGACAUGCAUGAAAACCUAUUCUGAAAUGCAUGUGAAAGAAGGCACAGUUAACAAUCUUCUGUGCCCUAGUGCAAAAUGUGGGGGCAUGAUUCCACCUUGUUUGCUAGGACAACUACUUGGCGAUGAUACAUAUGAAAGAUGGGAAUCAAUGAUGCUACAGAAGACAUUGGAGUCAAUGUCUGAUGUGAUGUACUGCCCAAGGUGUGAAACAUUUUGCAUCAAGGAUGAAGAUGAACAUGCACAAUGCUCAAAAUGUUUCUUUAGCUUUUGUACUCUAUGCGGGGAGCCACGCCAUGUUGGAGCUCCUUGCAUGGACCCAGAAGUGGAACUACAGAUUUUGAAGGAGCGCCAAGGAUCAUCUCGGCAUGAACUUCAACUUAAACAAAUUACGCCUGAGCAAAAAAAGCAGCAAGAUAAGAUCAAUGCGAAACUUAGUGAGCGAUUAAUAAAAGUCACAGCAAAGAAAUGCCCUUCCUGCAAGAUUUAUAUCUCUAGGACAGAGGGUUGUAACCAUAUGUUCUGUCGUAAUUGUGGAGACGAGUUCUUCUAUAACUGUGGUAAGAGAAUUGACGGAUAUGAACAUUUCAGGAAAGGACAUUGUAAUCUCAUCCCAGACGUAGGAAAAGUUACAAGGUCUUAUGUACUUCCGGGGUGGGAGGCAAGGAUGAAUGCUCGCCGAGUCCUUGAUAUGCAAGUUCAAAAUCUUUCUGUUGAUGGUCAUCCAUGUCCUACUUGUCGUCAAUUAAAUGCGAAGCUUCUUGCUCUUUACUCUUUAGCCUCUUGCGAGGAGGAUGGCGAUCACAUGGAAGAUAAUCACGCAGAAGAUAAUGGGGACUAUACAUCGAUAAGUGAUCAAAGCAAUGAAGACCAAUCAAUAUCUGAAGGAAGUCGGGAGAGCGAUGAAGAGGUCGAAAACAAAUUCGCCACAAAGGACAUGCACAUAUAUCGUUCACAGGGGACUUGUUUUAAGAAUAAGGAAGAUGCAAAAAAUGGUAUUACAGCAUGGAACAUAGAGCAAAAGAGAGAGUUUUAUGUGAAGGAAAGUAAUGGUUCAACAUGGUAUAUUUGGUGCAAAUCCCUAAAAGAGUCAACCCCUAAGGGUUAUGUUCCUUGCCGUUGGAAGGAAGAAUACGUGAAGUCGUGGAAAUGUAUUACGCCGGUCCCAACUGACUUGUGGGAAGACUUCAAGAAAAAAGAAAAGAAAGCCGUGCAACACAAAGUCAACCGUUAUGGUGCUAUUAAUGGCAAGUUCAAGGUGAAAAGUAGAGCCCGACUUGGUGGUAAAGGGGACAACACGUACACUGUGAAAUAUGAAGAGAAGAAUUGUUCUUGCAAGAAGUGGCAAGAGUAUAGGUUCCCUUGUAAACAUGCACUAGCCGUGGGUCGGAAAUAA